GGAUCAGCUGGAAACCCACUUGGUAACUUAGAGAAGACCUCUGUACUGCAAGAAGCUCGAACAUUUAAUGAAACACCUUUGAAUCCAAGAAAAUGUGCUCAAAUUUUAACAAAGAUUCUGUAUCUCCUUAAUCAGGGGGAGCAAUUAGGCACUACUGAAGCAACAGAAGCAUUCUUUGCAAUGACAAAACUGUUUCAGUCGAAAGAUACCGUUUUGCGACGAUUGGUUUAUUUAGGAAUCAAAGAGUUAUCAAAAAUAGCAGAAGAUGUUAUAAUUGUAACAAGUAGUCUAACCAAAGAUAUGACAGGAAAGGAGGAUCAGUACAGAGCAGCUGCCAUUCGUGCAUUAUGCAAAAUAACAGAUAGUAGUAUGUUACAAGCAAUAGAAAGAUACAUGAAACAAGCUAUUGUAGAUAAAAACUAUGCUGUUUCUAGUGCAGCUUUAGUAUCAUCAUUGCAUUUAAUACAAAUUAGUCCUGAUGUUGUUAAGAGAUGGGUAAACGAAGCUCAAGAAGCUGUUAACUCUGAUAACAUAAUGGUUCAAUAUCAUGCAUUAGGAUUAUUGUAUCAUAUUCGGAAAUCAGAUAGACUGGCUGUAUCAAAAUUGUUGGCAAAAUAUAGACAUUCAUCUUUGAAAUCUCCUUAUGCUGCUGGAAUGUUGGUAAGUAUUAUAAUCUAUAUUUCUCAUGAUGUGAGCUCUGCCAAAAUGGAAAGCCCAUUGUUUGAAUUUAUUGAGAAUUGUUUACAUCAUAAAAGUGAAAUGGUAGUUUAUGAAGCUGUUCAUGCCAUUGUUAAUUUAAAAUCCACAACAUCUAGAGAGCUUACACCAGCUGUUUCUGUUCUUCAAUUAUUUUGUAGUUCACCAAAGCCAACAUUACGGUUUGCUGCUGUGAGAACACUUAAUAAAGUUGCAAUGACUCAUCCUUCGGCAGUUACUGCAUGCAAUUUAGAUUUGGAGAAUCUAAUUACUGAUGUCAAUCGUAGCAUUGCCACCCUUGCCAUUACAACUCUGCUUAAAACUGGUAGUGAAAGCAGUGUUGAGCGGUUGAUGAAACAGAUAGCAUCUUUCAUGUCUGAGAUUUCUGACGAAUUCAAAAUUGUUGUAGUCCAAGCAAUCAGGUCAUUAUGUCAAAAAUUUCCACGUAAACAUAAUGUUAUGAUGAAUUUCUUAUCAUCCAUGCUACGGGAGGAAGGUGGUUUUGAGUAUAAAAAAGCUAUUGUUGAUACUAUUAUUAAUAUUAUUGAAGAUAAUCAAGAUUCUAAAGAAGCUGGUUUAUCACACUUAUGUGAGUUUAUUGAAGAUUGUGAGCAUACCAGUUUAGCUGUUUGUAUAUUGCAUCUUCUUGGGAAAGAAGGACCAUUUACUUUGCAACCUUCCAAAUAUAUUAGAUUUAUAUACAAUCGCCUUAUACUAGAGAAUGCACCUGUUAGAGCAGCCGCUGUAAGUUCACUUUCAAAAUUUGGUGCACAUUGUGAAGAUCUUCUUCCAAAUGUCAUUGUUCUCUUGCAACGUUGUUUGCUGGAUAUGGAUGAUGAAGUUAGAGAUCGUUCUACGUAUUAUCUUAGUGUUCUUAACCAAAAACAAAGAUCAUUAAAUUUACAUUAUAUUAUGAGUGGACUGCAAGUUUCAAUAACUGCUCUUGAAAAGUCAUUGCAUCAGUAUACAUUAGAACCUUCUGAAGUUCCUUUUGAUAUGAAAACUGUACCUUUAGCCACUCAGCCUUUAAUAUCUGAAGAGAAGAAACCUGAAAUAAUUCCUGUUGGAAGACCUGCAGAGAAAGUGUUAGCAUCUAGGCAAGAAUUAUUUGCAGAGCAAAUGUCACUUGUGCCAGAGUUAGCUAAUUUAAAUUUGGGUCCAUUGUUCAAGUCAUCACAAGCAACAGAACUAACAGAAUCUGAAACUGAAUAUGUAGUUAAAUGUAUAAAACACACAUUCAAUGAUCAUAUUGUUUUCCAAUUUGAUUGCACCAACACAUUAAAUGAUCAAAUAUUAGAAAAUGUUAAAGUACAGAUGCAGCCAUCUGAGGGGUUUGAAGUGUUAAGUUGUAUUCCAUGUGAAAAGCUUACCUAUAAUGUACCUGGGACUACUUACACAUGUGUUAGGUUACCAAGUGAUCCUGUUUCUGUUACAGGUUCGUUUAGUAACAUUCUUAAGUAUACAGUUAAAGAUUGUGAUCCAAAUACUGGAGAGCCUGAUGACGACGAAGGCUAUGAGGAUGAAUAUGUUUUGGAAGAUUUAGAAGUCUCUAUUGCUGAUCAUGUGCAAAGAAUUUUGAAACCAAACUUUGGAGCAUGUUGGGAUGAAAUGGGACCUAGUAAUGAAUUAGAAGAUACUUAUGCUCUUACAGCUACAAAAACAAUUGAAGAUGCUGUAAAGAACAUAAUUUUGUUUCUUGGAAUGCAGCCAUGUGAAAGAUCGGAUAAAGUUCCAGAAGGAAAAAGUUCUCAUACACUCUAUCUUGCCGGUAUAUACAGAGGUGGCAGUGAUGUCUUAGUGAGAUCUAAGUUGGCAGUAAGUGUGGACGGCGUGACUAUGAAUUUGGCGGUGAGGAGCACGAAUCCCAAUGCCAGUGAAGUGGUCGCUUCGGCGAUCGGUUAAGAAGUGCCAGUUUUAAUUGCCUCAAGGACAAUUUUGUGAAAUAUUGGGAUCAAAACUAAAGUGUAAGAUUGGCCGGUCGUCUGUCUUUGAGAAAGACAGACUGUUCUAUAAAUAUCCAACUCCCAAAAAUUUUAUUAUUGCAGAUUAUAUUGCCAAUUUAUUAAUAAUUUAUUAUUAUUGAAUUUUUCGAUGUGUAAUACAGGGGAUUUCUCUCUUUUCAAGAUUGGAAUUAUUCUUUUAGAGUAAUUGGAUGCAAAUUUCAUCUUACAGAACUGAACAGAUUUUGCACAAAGAUCAUUUUGAUUUCAUUUGUUUUUUUUUUAAAUCUCCAUUUAAUAAUCUGC